AUGCGAUUUACUGCUCUAUGGAAUCUCUGCCUUGUAGGCAUGACCAUUCCAUUCGCGCUGGCUCACCCAGGUGAACAUGAAAAACACGAUGCCCGGGCUGAGCUCAUGAAGCGCGAGUUCCGAAAGCAUACUCGUCGUGGUCUCGAAAAAUGUGCCAAGCGAUUCGAGGCAAACGGCCUCAAUGCUCGAGCCGCGGUUCGUCGUCGUAGCCUGUACGAUCUGCACCGUCGUCAGCUAGUCGCUCGUGAUACCGAUGAUGUCCUCGCUACUUCUCACCUGGUGGAUGACUCGAGCAUUACCACCGACACUUCGGCGGACUCGCUGUUCAGUAGCAGCUCUACCUGCGUGUUGAACCCUGAGGGUGAAACCGGUCCCUUCUAUGUUAAGGGUGAACUGGUUCGAUCCGACCUCCAGGAAGGACAGGAGGGUGUGCCAGUCAUCUUUGACGUUCAGUUUGUCGAUGUCAAUACCUGCGAGGGUAUUGAGGAUCUGUAUGCUGAUAUCUGGAACUGCAAUGCUACUGGUGUCUAUUCCGGCGUCGUUUCUCAGGGUAACGGCAACACUGCCGAUACUUCCAACAUCGACGCUACUUUCCUGCGUGGUAUUCAGCCCACUGACAGCGAUGGUGUUGUGUCUUUCAACACUCUCUUCCCCGGUCAUUACUCUGGACGUACGACUCACCACCACAUCGUCGCCCACUUGAACGUCACUGUCCUGGCCAAUGGAACUAUAACUGGCGGUACUGUCGCGCACAUCGGCCAGCUCUUCUGGGAUCAAGAUCUCAUCACCGAGGUUGAGGCUACUUCCCCGUAUAGUUCCAACACUGUCACUCUCACCACCAAUGCUGAGGACCGAGUCUUCUCUGAUGAGACUGAGGGCACUACUUCGGACCCGGUUCUGAACUACGUCUGGCUCGGUGAUAGUCUGAGUGAUGGCCUGCUUGGUUGGACUACUGUUGCUGUUGACACUUCUGCCACCUAUGAUCCGAACUAUAGCUUUGUGUACACCGCUAGCGGUGGUGUUGCUGAGUCUGGUGGUGGUACUGACAGUGUUUCCGGAGGAAGUACUGGAAGCAGUGGAAGCACCGGAGGGUCUGGAGGCUCAUCUGGCCCUGGUGGCUCAUCUGGCCCUGGUGGCUCUGGUGGCUCACCCUUCUAA